UAUGUUGACUUCUCCGCACGGUAGCACCGAAUAAAUCAAACAAUUGCUUUAACACACAUCAAAUAUGUGUGAACCUCUGGAAAUGAUUGAAAAUUGGCAAGCCCGUACGCCAUUUUCUGAAGAUAAAAAGAAAAGCCACCAGGUGCACAAUUAACAGCAUGGUGUUUGAUUUGCUUUGGACAGCCGUUAAGCCGAAGGCGUUGUUAAGGAAAUACAAACAAAACAUGCUCAAGCGAUAGAAAGGGGUAAACAAAGAAAAAAAAAGAUAUGCAACCACGCGGCAUUGCAUUACGCAAUGACAUUAUUGCACAUUUGUCGCUCAUACCAGCAUCGGUCGGCAUCGGCCCAUCGAAAGUGUUGUGCGUUUGUGCGCAUGGUAAAGGUGGUGUGUGUCCUUAGGUUGAAGGGCGCGCUCGGUUGCAAUAAUGAAACCUUCGAGCCAUGGAUCUGCGAUGCGCGAUGGAACACAGAGCAGAAAAAAACGCGUCUCUCAAACCAACAACUGGAGAAAAUUGCACCGGCAACAAGAUGCAACACCCCGCACGUGCAUUCGACUGGUUUUGAUUGUUGUCUUUCAGUUUCUGGUUUCUUGUCUGGCCUUUUGUCCACAUCUCGUUUCUCUCUGUCUCGUCAUCGUGGUGGUGGUGGUGUACAUUGCAAAGGUAUGUAGACAACGGUGGAAGAUUGAGUUUGGCCAGCAAUACGGUUUGUUGCUGCUGGUGGGUAGGCCAUAUUCCAUGCACUUCCAUACAGUGACUUUGCCGUUGCGGUACGAUCGGUCAGUGGGUUUUCAGUCGCGUUUGGAACACCUUCAGCGAACGGUGUCGGUAUGUUGGAUUGUGUGACCCAAAAAAGUAGCCAACUUUAGCAAAAUGGUUCAAGAAUUGGUGUUUAUUUAAAAAGCAACAAAAAAAACAGCUUCUUGUUGUUUCGAUCAACAAUCGUGCUUGGUUUAUUUUUUAUUUUGAGUGAAGUUUAUUCGGAGUGUGAAAGUUGUGUUCUUUUUGUUUUGGGUUUUGUUUCAAACUUUUCCGUAAUUUCCUCAUACGCAACACAAGCGAUCGUAGCUGUUCCGUCGUAUCGUGGUGUGUGUGUGUGUGUGUGUGUGUGUGUGUUUGGGGUUCUAGUUGUGGCGGAAAUGAUGAAAACAUUGCAGCUGAUUGUUUUGAUUGUGCAGCGAGUUUUGAUUACGGCCGGUGUGUUCUUUACCGCUGUCGUUGUGAUCCACUUUACCGCCAUCGAUCCGAAGGAACGUGCUGUUUCGUGCGAUCGGGUUUGUAAUCGAGCCGACUGGCCACGGAUUUGCCGCUUUGAGCUGGUCGUAGAAAAACGCACCUUUCGCCCUGACAGCAACUCCGCUGUCACUGACAACGUGUCGUUAGCCGAUGGGUGGAAACCCUCCGAGUCGCCCAUCAUCACCCACUACUACACCAUCAAUGGACGAUAUGUAGGUCCCACGCUGACCGUGUGCGAGAAUGACUUCCUGGUGGUGGAUGUCGAGAAUCGAAUCCCCGGUGAGAGCGUCUCGCUACACUGGACGGGCCAAAGCCAGCGCCGUACACCCUUCAUGGAUGGAGUACCGAUGAUAACGCAAUGCCCGAUUGCAAGCUUCACACGAUUCCAGUACAAAUUCCAGGCGGAUAAAGCGGGCACUCAUCUGUAUCAUGGGUUCACCGGAACGGAACGUACCCAAGGUCUUCUUGGUGCUUUUGUAGUACGUUCUGCAUACGAGCAAAAGCAUUCUCCCGUGCUUAGUGUCCUCACGGUAGAAACGGUAUGGCUGGUAACGGAGCUGCAAGGAAUGCUUGCAAUUAAUGGACAACGAGACUGGCGACCGAUUUACUCCCUAAAUGGAACAUCAGGCGAAUCCAACCUCCGUGUCAGACUCCUCUAUGCGGCGAGUCAGUGCCAGCACUGGGUCGAGCUAGAAGACCAUAACCUACAACUUCUGGCACUUGAUGGUAAUGGUCUGGAACAUGGUACUAUGCACCCUGUUAGCCGUAUCCUACUGCACGACGGUAUCCGGAUGGAUCUAACUUUUACUCGACGAAUCCCAACGGACGGGGACAAAAUUAAGCGAGAUUACGAAAUUCGGUUCACACCGCUCGAAACCAAACGAGGUUCUUGUGACCGUGCAAUAUUUCUGCUUCACUACGACUCCCAUCUGCACGGCCAUUCCCAUACGACGAGUGUCGGGACGGAUGGUGCCGAAAGUAUUAAAUAUAAUUUAAUCUCACCUCCAAUACUGCACCCGGCAAACAAAGCGCUAGAUCUGGUUGGAAAUACCUGUGGAACGACUGUUCUAUGCCCGCAGGACAUACAAGGUGCAAGGGAUCAAUUUCCACAGGACCUCACAACGUACGAUACGCGGCUUGAGUUUACGAUCAGCACACGGCCGCUCGAUGGAACAGGACCCUUCGGAGAACCGAUCCGCGAGACGGUGCACUCCGUGAACGGGUUCACCUUUGCCUUUCCGUCCGUGCUGAUGCUACGCGAACCGGCGAACGAUGAGCUGCGGGCACACACUUGCGGUGGCCAUCGCUCGGUGCCAAGAAGCUGUCACCCGCUGACGGCCCGGUGCGAGUGUGUGCACGUCGAGCACAUCGAAGCAGGUCAUCGGGUGGAAAUGGUCCUAAUUAAUGCCGAUACUGCGGACGAUUACGUGUAUCACCUUCACGGGCAGAGCGUGUUUGUUGUGGCGAUGGCCACCGGACAUCGGAUCGCACCGCAGAAGCUGAUGCGCAACCUGACGGUACCGUUGCAGCGAGACACAAUCAUUGUACGGCGCGACUCGAUCGUUGUGGUGCGGUUCGUUGCCAAAAAUGCUGGACUGUGGUUGCUGCGCGAUAUUGGGUCACCGUCGUGGUCCCGUGGCUUAGAUGUGGUGCUGAAUGUGGGAACGCACCGGCAAAACUUUGACAUUCCGAGCAAUUUCCCUUCCUGUAGGCAUUUUGUAGGUCCUAGGUACUUUUUAAUUUGAGAGGGAGCAGUUCUUUUUUUGUGGAAAGAGUAAAUCAAAUAAUCAAUGUGAUAAUAGAAAAAAAUGCAAUUAAUACUGUCCACUGUUUAAACAUCACAAUAAAUAAAAAAAAGAGCUUUAUUCUAAAUGUACAGCAUCCAUUCUGAAUCAGAAAGAAAAGAAAUCAUCACUUGUAUGUAUCUUUAAGC